AUGCAAGAAAAACUUGGGUCAAAUUACACUGUUUACGCUCGUAAAUUACCUUUUCAAAAUUGUGUCAAGGAAGAAUAUCAAAACAUAUUGAAGCAGAAAAUAACCUCGUGUUGUAGCGCUGUAAGAGAGAUAGUGUUUAGAGCCAAACUUUUUGUGAACUUGUAUCUUUCGAAAACCCCAAGUGAAUCCGUAUCUGAUGGUAUUUUUCGGCAACAGUUUUGGUAUCCUGUUCGUCAACUGGUGAACAAUAGAGAACCUAAAAACACCAAGCUUCUGUCACAAUUUUUUUUACAAGAAUGGGAUAACUUUAAAGCUGAAAAUCCUAAUGCCACUUUUAAUGAAUAUUUGAUUGGAGGAGCUAGCCAGUGCAUCGCUGAGGCCUGCAAGGAGCUGGCAACCACCUACGAGAAUGCAGUUGUAGAAAGACUUGAAAAUAUAUUGAGAGGAUUUUUGCAAUAUCAAAUUCAAAUUAUGUUUGUUUCCAUGGCUCCGAAGGACGUCAAUGAUAUUGUUAUAAAAUAUGGAUAUCAGUAUGUAUGCCAAGGUGAAGCGGUGUGGCCUGAACAGAAAUCACUUGAAGACCCUAUGAUCAAACGAAAAAUUGAUGAACUAUGCCUGCCACUUAAAAGCAAACUCAAUGCUAGAGUUAGUAUAAAAUCAUUAGCUGAUAACUCUGGCUUUUUUGUUCCUCCGUUGUUUCAUAUACUGGCUGUCUUUGAAAGGGAACAUCAAUCCCAUAAAGCGUUUGACGUUAGAAGACUUCCUUUACCAAGGCUGUUCAAUGUAUUCCCUUCAUCAUCAUGCCAUUGGCGAUCAGUGACAAUUUCGGUCAAUGCAUUAGCAGCAUUUCUUCCUGGUCAACCACUCCCCAGAGGGUAUAAUGAUCAGCUGCAUUUAUUUUACAAGGUAUUUGAUUUUAAACCGCUUAGAACCAAAUCGAUUAAAUCUUUAUUACCCACUGGAACAAAUAAGAGGCUCUUUGGUAACCUGAUCAGAUCAGACGGUUUUUCUGUUGGUUUUGUUUUUAACAAACGAACAAUCACAGAAAAACGUUUAACCAAGCAAAUCAAUCAAGUUGAUCUGAUCCUGGAUGGUUUUGAGCAGCAUAAAGUUGGCAGCCACUAUUUACCAAUAGCCGUAGAUCCAGGAAGAAAAAGGGUUUUCACUGUAUUUGCUGGUUCAACUGGUAAUAUUAACAACUUCAGACAAUGUUCCAUCAAGGAAUAUUACCACUUGAAAGGCUCUACAAAACUCUCAGCAGAGCAAGAAAAGAAAAAGAAAGCAUGCGGUAUUAAGACGAUUGAAACAAAUAUACCCACCAAUAAGACUGCCAAUGAAUCACUGUAUAUGGAGUAUGCCAUUUAUAUGCUCGAAAACAUUGGUCGUAUUUUCAGCUUUUACAAUCAAGAAACUGCAAAAGAAGCCUUUUUCUUAUACCAGGGUCGUCAACGAGCACCGGAACGAAUGGUGAAAAUGUUGUUAGAUGGUACCAAGAAAUACAACAAGGAGUCAAGAGGAAACAAACGAAAAAGAACAAAAAACAAAGGGAAGUGGAAGAAGAAGGGGAAUAAGUCCGGAAAUAAGGAUAAAGGAAAGAGAAAAAUGGCACCGAAAACAACAGAAACAAGUGGCAUGUUUGGGAAGGACCAUGUGAAGAUAAAAACGGUCCGGACUGGUGUCACUGGUAUUCUAUACAGAACGUUGAAAAGAAGAGAGAGGACUGGUGACUUACUCGUUGUGGACAUUGAUGAAUAUUUGACGUCCCAAAUAUGUUCCAAAUGUGAAAGUAGGGCUUUGGGUGGUAUUAGUGGUGCCCGCGGUAAAAGCGUUCUUGUUUGCAAGACGUGCAGAACAUUAUGA